CAUCAACUUCUAUCAUAACGCCACACCUAAGAAAUGUGUUUAUCUUUUCUCUUUGAAAUAACUGAAUGUAUAAUAAUUACUGGUCAAUUGCAAAAAGAAUAUUUGCUGAAACAAAAUAUUUUCUCUGUAUCAACGAUUUUAGACUUCGAGUAAUAACAAUAUCUGCGCUCUGAUGCAUCAUAUCUUACGAUUAAACUAUCUCAACAGGUUACAACGGUGUUUAGAAUUUCUUUGCUUCUUAUCAAAGGAGAAUAUCCUGCUGUAAAUGUCAUGAAGAGAUCGGCAGGUAAUGGUAUCAGAAAAUGUAACGGGAAAAAAGUCUCGAUAUGAUACAUUGGACAACACGAAAAAAAGACAAUGUAAAGCAAAUACAUCAAAACAGGAUUGCAGCAAUGUUGGUUUAAAUUGUUCAAAAGUACUAGGCAUUUUUACUUGCCAAAAAUUUUCUCAUUCGGUAAUCUUCUACACAAUCAUUUUACUCUUUUUGUUAAUACUGCUCUACAUAAUUCGCAAGCUAGUUUCACUGCCCAGCUUUAACGUUCGACACCACUCCAAGAAACAGAAUGUGACCGCCACGUCAUCCGGUUCUCAAUACAAAACUGGUGGCUCAUCAACUGCUAAGACAUUUUCCACAAAACGGCCUAACACUAACAUCUUUACCACAUGGUCUCAAAACUCUUCACGUGUUAAGGAAUUCGAUGAGGAACGAGAGAAGAAAUCUCGUAUUUAUGAAAGGCCAAAAACACACAUUCAACAUUUAGGGGAAAUGGGUAAAGAACUUUAUCAGAAAAGUACUCAAAGUCCAUUUUCUGUUUUGACAAACAAGAAUCAUCCACCGUUAAACGUUGAAAACAUUCCAGAUCAAGGUUCAUUUAAUGGAGAGCAUUGGUACAAUUCAGGUGUUGACGAGAAUUGGGGAUACAUAGGAACAACAGGGUAUGGUUCAUCUGACUCAAACAUUUACAAUAAUGCUUACAAUGUCGAUCCAAAUGAAUGGUUAUCGAGAGGUGAUUUAAAUCAACCGACUUCAAACUGGCGAAAUCUUUGGGAUAAUUGGAAAGGUAAUCCUGGGACCUUAGAUAACUAUGGUACGAUAAAAAACUGGGUAAACGAGCCAGGGAGUGGAUUCGGUUGGAUAAAAGAAAAUGAUAACAGUCUUGAGAAUGGGAAUGAUAUCAUAUCACCAACAAGUUGGAAUAACCUUUACAACAACUACGAAACAAAUGAAUGGAAUGAGCAAAGGGAAUGGAAUGAACAAAAGGAGGCCAAUGAUAUAACUCAGGGCAAAAGUAUGAACACAACGGGAGGGAAUUCUCAGAAAGCAAAAUCAAACAAUGAUCACAGCUCUGAAUAUCAUGUUCACAGAUGGCCUUUGAACACUCAAGACGAAAAACGCGGUCACAACUCUCACAAAUUUAAAAGAAAAGGGAAAUCUAAAAAAUCAAAAACAAAGACGAAGAAAUCAAAAACAAAGACGAAGAAAAUGAAGAAAAGGAAAUACAUCCAGAUAACAAGAAUUGAAAAAAAUCAUCGAUUAAAGCAUUUACAUCAAAAGUUGAAUGAAAAAAGCAAACAAGCACUUCGACAAUCUGACACUGAAAAUCAUUACUUGACAUCAAAGAAAAAUAGACGUGGAAAAUGGGAACUGAAAAUGAAUCCCAUAAAGCAUUGCAAGCAUUUAAAAUUAUCUGUUCCCAUAGGCAAAGUCCAUUUGGAAAAGCACUACUUGCACAAAACGAAGAAAUACAAAUAUACAUUGUUUUCUUGUCGAUAUGUUAAAAGACAUAGGAGUAGACAUAGACGUUUUAAACGCUUUUCAGAAGACAGUGACGACGAUGACAUAAUUGAUGAUAAUAAAAAGGAAAAUCCAGAAGAACAAAAGAGAGUUUGUCAAAAAUUACAGUCCAUUACAAAUGGUAAAAUAUUUCUUAAGAAAUCGAACAUGAAAAACGGCCACGAUUUUUAUAUAGUUUUCUUGUGUGGACGUAACUCUUCGGAAACUGAAAGACUUUAUUACCACCUUAGAACACAUAAUGGUUCAUUUAAAACUUUAACUCAGACAUCUUUAGAUCUACGUCAAAGUAGAUUAGGUAAGAAAUAUAUUUCUCACCAGAAGCAAAGAAAAUUUAUGCACAGGCAAAAAUACAUAAAGAAAGGAAAAAUGCGGAAAAUGAAAGGACCGCACACACACAGCAAUGAAAAUGAUGAACGUAUAAAUGAUGUCAUAAAUAACGGUAAAGAUGACGUCAUGGAUCACGAUGAAACUGAACACGAACAUGGAAAGUCGUAUAAGAAAAUCGACAAAAAGCACAAAAUCAAUGAUUUAAGAAAACACAAAACUGGCGACAGAACAGUAACAACUCGCAUACAUAAAAAUAGGUUUAGAGAAAAGGUGAAGAACAUUAAUACUGACAGAAAACAAUUAUCUUCGAGUAUUUCCAGUGACAAGAAAAAGUUUGUUUAUAGAAAUGACGACUUAGAUAUCGAUGAUAUCGAUGACAUUGACGAUACUGGAUUUGAAACUGAUUAUCUUAAAAAUGAUAGAAAACCAAAGAAUCGAGAAACGUUUAAAGACGACAAACACAACCAAGAAUUUGCAAAUGACAAACAGGAUGAUGAUUUAGAUGAUGAACUUGACAAUGACAAUAUUCCAAAAUUUCACUACAAAUCAAAUCAUCUUCAAGAAAAAACAAAGUUUCUACCCAACAACAUUGACGGCGAACUCAAUGAUAAUUUUCACAACAAGCACAAUGAUCCUGAAGAGAAAUUACGUCAUGAGGUAGAUAGUCAUGAAACCGGCAAAAAUAGCAGCAUUCCAGAUUCAAUUUUUGAAGCUAUAUUAAAGGAACAACUUUUUUCAAAAGGUUAUAAAAUCACAGACAAUGGUGCUCUUGUCAAUCAUAAAAUACAACAACAAAAAGAGAACUCAAAUUCUCAACGUUUGCAGAACUCAAGAACUUCAUUUAAUCAAAAUAAGCCAAAUCCUCCAAGCGAUCUUUUACAUACAUUUCCUCUAAGCGCAAUAACACCAACUGUUUCCACAAAUAAAGCAACAAAAGCACCAACUGAUACAGGAAAAAAAUUACAAUCACAGUUUGCAAGGAUAUUAGAGAAAUUUUUUGAAGAACAUCAUGCAGUAGAUGGAAAAUCGCCGGUCGAUUUCACUGGUAUUUCUACUACAGCAUCUGCGCAAACAAAACAGCCAACAGUGAGCUCUACUCAGAUAUUUUCAUCAUCGUCGCCAUUUCUCUUCACUAAAUCCACAUCGAAGAACCAGUUGCAACAAAAUCCAACCCAUAUAUCACACGAGCAACAAAACCACCAACAAAAACAACAGCAACUGCUAAAGCAACAACUACAACAGCGACAACAACAGCAACUGCUAAAGCAACAACUACAACAGCGACAACAACAGCAACUGCAAAAGCAACAACUACAACAGCGACAACAACAGCAAGUACAACAGCAACUGCUAAAGCAACAACUACAACAGCGACAACAACAGCAACUGCAAAAGCAACAACUACAACAGCGACAACAACAACAACUGCAAAAGCAACAACUACAACAGCGACAACAACAGCAACUGCAAAAGCAACAACUACAACAAUACCAGGAACAACAAAAGCAAAAUCAGCAACAACCAUAUCAGCAACAACAGAAACAGACACAAACAAUCCAACAACAACGUCAACUCUUUCAACAAAAGCAAUUUCUUCCACAAAAAAUAUAUGAGCAAACAGAACAGCAGGAGACGAAAAAAAUCCAACUCCAGCAACAAUACUUACAACAAAACCAUCUGCAACAACAACAACGACAACAGCAGCAGCAGCAGAGAAAGCAAAGAGUACAAUUAGAAAACUAUUUCAUAAAUUCGAUGCCAACGCAGUUUUCGCAGAAUUCAUUUGUUCCCGGAAAAGGUAAUUAUGGAACAGGAACAAAUCCAAAACAAGAAAACGUACAGAGAUCAUAUAUUCCAAAAGCUAUGCCUGAAAUUAAAACAAAACCGAUGAAAAGUUUCAUUCAACAACCACAAUCACAAAUGUACAGGAAAAACUCGUAUUUUUAUUCACCGUACUCUUCAAGUAGAAAUCCAUCAUUUGUUGAAUUGCCACAAACAAUUAACAUAUUAUGUUUUGGAGAUAGUCUAACAAGUGGAUUCUACAAUCAUGGUAAAGGAAAACAUCCUUACGGAAUAAGAUUGAAUCAAUUACUAAACACAAAAGGUGUUAAUAAGUAUCAUGUUGAAAGCAGAGGUAUGAUCGGAGAAAUGGUUCACGGUGGUAUGGUUAAACGAUUGCCCAAAGUUUUGAAUGAAGGUUUGCGCUAUGAUUGGAUACUUAUUCUUGGAGGAACCAAUGAUGUUGCCCAUGUUAAAAACUUCGGAGAUGAUGAAGACUUCACACAACAGUUGAUAAGUGUUUGGAGCCCAAAGAUUGUUAAAGAUAUUGAAAAAUUACAUGAGAUAGCAAAACUCCAUGGAGCAAGAACAGUAUUAAUGACAAUUCCUGAAACUGCAUAUGAACUUUGGCCUGCAUUUCAAUUAAUACGUAACAUGAGAUUGGCUGUAAAUGCAGCAUUGAGACGAUAUGCAACUCAAGUUCAAGAUACAACAGUACUUUGUGAUCUUGCUUAUAAAUUACCACGAAGUACACUUCCAGAACAAUUGCAAAAAUUGUACUGGAAUGAUCAUAUCCAUUUGAAUCCAAUUGGUUAUGACAAAAUGGCCGAAAUAAUUGAGCAAUGUAUAGAGCCGUAUCUUCACUAGUUUUAUGAAUAGAUAAAAAUGAUGUUUUUUUACGAAUUAACGUUUUAUAAUAUAAAAUGAAAAAUAAAACAGCCCUUUCUUUCA